UUCUUUGCCAAAGGCAAAAGGAGAACAUUUCAGAACUGUGAGGAUGCUUCUACAUUUGAGUUUGAUAGCUCUUGGAGCUGCUUACAUGUAUGCCAUCCCCACAGAAAUUCCCACAAGUGCAUUGGUGAAAGAGACCUUGGCACUGCUUUCUACUCAUCGAACUCUGCUGAUAGGCAAUGAGACUCUGAGGAUUCCUGUUCCUGUACAUAAACAUCACCAACUGUGCACUGAAGAAAUCUUUCAGGGAAUAGGCACACUGGAGAGUCAAACUGUGCAAGGGGGUACUGUGGAAAGACUAUUCAAAAACUUGUCUUUAAUAAAGAAAUACAUCGAUGGCCAAAAAAAAAAGUGUGGAGAAGAAAGACGGAGAGUAAACCAAUUCCUAGACUACCUGCAAGAGUUUCUUGGUGUAAUGAACACCGAAUGGAUAAUAGAAAGUUGAGACUAAACUGGUUUGUUGCAGCUAAAGAUUUUGGAGGAGAAGGACAUUUUACUGCAAUGAGAAUGAGGGCCAACAAAGGGUCAGGCCUUAAUUUUCAAUGUAAUUAAACUUCAGAGGGAAAGCAAAUAUUUCAGGCAUACUGACACUUUGCCAGAAAGCAUAAAAUAUUUAAAAUAUAUUUCAGAUAUCAGAAUCAUUGAAGUAUUUUCCUCCAGGCAAAAUUGAUAUACUUUUUUCUUAUUUAACUUAACAUUCUGUAAAAUGUCUGUUAACUUAAUAGUAUUUAUGAAAUGGUUAUGAAUUUGGUAAAUUAAUAUUUAUUUCAUGUUAUGUUGUGUUCCAAUAAAACAAAAAUAGACAACUGUUC